AUGGUGCUGAUCAUAGAGGACCCAGGUGGAGGUGGAGGGACCUUGUUAAAUGUUCAGCAGAAUGGGAUCUCUGGAGGUCAGGCCAGGAUUGUCAGGGGUCCCAAAGAUGAGGAGUCGUCAAUAUUGUCGGAGACGGUCGCAGGCGAUGAAAAUGAGGAUCCUAAUGAGGGAGACAAUGAGGAAAGCAACUAUUACGACGAUGACGACGAUGAUGUCUAUCAGGAAUUUGAAGAGUUUGACUUUGACACAUUGCCAGAUCUGCCAAAGGAUACCAAGAGUAUUGACUCUGAUAACUCCUUCUAUCCACCCGAUGACUCUCUCAAAUACAGGACUCCCAGCCCAAACACACCCGAACCUCUGUCCUUCUUCAAGGCCUGCUCCAAUAACAAUUCCAUCAUAGUGAAGAUUAUGAUAAGGCAAGGGGUGACAAAGGAGGAAGUGAUUGAAACAGACAAGAACAACAGAAAUGGGCUGAUAGUAGCCUGUUACAUGGGCUGGGUGGAUGUGGUCAUAGCGCUUUCUCAGUGUCCUCAUAUCGAUGUCAACUGGCAAGACAACGAGGGGAAUACAGCCCUCAUGACAGCUGCUCAAGCAGGCCACAUUAUGAUAUCCAGCUACUUGAUCAACUACUUCCCCAACCUGGACCUAGAGCGUAGGAACUGCCAUGGAUUCACCGCUUUGAUGAAGGCAGCCAUGCAAGGGAGGGCAGACGUUGUUCGUUUGCUCAUGAUGUCAGGAGCGGACGUGGAGGCGAGGGACUACAGCCGCAAGAUGACCUCCAGGGAGUGGGCUUUGUUCACAUGUCGCUAUGAGACGGCCUAUCUGAUGAUGCGUCUGAUGGCCCAGCCAUGCGCCCAGCAGUUCUGUGACUCCUACAAGCUGGAAUGGCCCAUGCUGCAGGAGCUAGUGGCCCAACGCCAGGAGUCCAAGAGCUGCUGGCAGAAGGUGGCAGACAAGGUCUGCUGCAGGUUCUCUCUCCGCAUGAAGACGGACCCCGUGGACGACGGUGUGAUGGACCACAUGGUACGCAUCACUACCGCCCUGUCCAGCCCAUUGAUCGCCACCGCAUGCCACACCGUGGCCCCGAGAAGCCCCCCCUGCAUCGGGAAGCGGCGCUAUGCCGUGCCAGAGAUCCUCAGGAAGCAGCGAGUGGACGAACUGAAGUGCCUGGGCCCCGAGCACUUCAACAACAAUAAGAAGCUGUUCAAUAACUCCCGGGUGCAGUUGGUUCCUAAGAAGAGAGACCGGAGGGCCAGCCUGCAGACCCAAAUGUUGCAAGAGGUUGCGGUGGCUGGUACUUCGGUCCUGAGGCGCACCAGCUUGCUGCCCCUGAACAUGAUGAGGAGGAGCAGUGUCAGGCCAGGCAUUGUGGUCCCCAAGGUGAGGCUGUGCAAGGUCCCCUCCUGGCCAAACCCUGAGAAGAGAAAAAAGAGCAAGGACCCCGAGCUCCUCCAGCUACCCAAGUGGAGGUACAAAGAGGCCAAGGAGGAGAGGAGGAGGCAAGAGGAGGAGGGGAAGAAGAGACGUUUACCCACAGUGAGGAUGCACUGA